UAUUUUGCUUUGGCAAUUCCCACAUUUCAUUCUGCUCCAUUCCAUUUGCGGUGUUACGAAUGAGGAAGGAGAAGAAGCGGUGAUAGCUAGCAAGAGAGAGAGAGAGAGAAAGAGAGAGAGAGAAAAUGGGUAGUUACGAGGCGGUGGCGACGGAGAAGCCGGCGACGGCGAAGUGGGUGGUGUCGUGCAUGGUGGGAGGGGUGAUCGUGGGUGUGUCGCUGCUGGGUGCGUACUCCGGCCAGCUUGGAAUGUUCUGGAAGAGCCGAAGACGCAACAAGAAACCGGUUCGCGUCUACAUGGACGGUUGCUUCGACAUGAUGCAUUAUGGCCAUUGCAAUGCCCUUCGCCAAGCUCGUGCCCUCGGUGACCAGUUGAUCGUUGGGGUUGUUAGUGAUGCAGAGAUCAUUGCUAAUAAGGGUCCCCCUGUUACCCCUCUUCACGAAAGGUUGAUAAUGGUUAAUGCGGUGAAGUGGGUGGACGAGGUUAUUCCUGAGGCUCCCUAUGCGAUAACUGAGGAGUUCAUGAAGAAGCUUUUUGAUGAGUACAAGAUAGAUUACAUUAUUCAUGGGGACGAUCCUUGUGUUCUUCCCGAUGGAACUGAUGCUUAUGCUCAUGCUAAGAAGGCUGGUCGAUAUAAGCAGAUAAAGCGCACUGAAGGGGUUUCAAGCACUGAUAUUGUUGGUCGCAUGCUUCUCUGUGUAAGAGAAAGGUCUAUUAGUGACAGUCAUAAUCAUUCUUCUCUACAAAGACAGUUCAGCAAUGGCCAUAGUCCAAAGUUUGAAGCUGGUGCAUCUGCUGCAAGUGGAACUCGUAUAUCUCAUUUUCUGCCUACAUCUCGUAGAAUUGUUCAGUUCUCAAAUGGGAGGGGUCCAGGACCUGAUUCUCGUAUUGUAUAUAUAGAUGGUGCUUUUGAUCUCUUUCAUGCUGGACAUGUGGAGAUCUUGAGGCUUGCUAGGAGUCUUGGAGAUUUUCUUCUCGUUGGAAUACACACUGAUCAGACAGUCAGUGCAACCAGAGGAUCACAUCGUCCUAUCAUGAAUCUUCAUGAAAGAAGUCUAAGUGUUUUAGCAUGUCGCUAUGUAGAUGAGGUUAUAAUUGGUGCACCGUGGGAGGUGUCCAAAGAUAUGAUCACUACAUUUGACAUCUCAUUAGUUGUUCAUGGAACUGUUGCAGAAAAUAAUGAUUUUCAGAAGGAACAAUGUAAUCCAUAUGCUGUUCCUAUUAGCAUGGGCAUCUUCAAAAUUUUAGAAAGUACUUUAGAUAUAACAACUACGACAAUAAUUAGAAGGAUUGUCGCAAAUCAUGAAGCAUAUCAGAAACGUAAUGAGAAGAAGGGGGAGAGUGAGAAAAGAUACUACGAGGACAAGACUCAUGUGUCCGGAGACUAAUUUAUGUUAUAGGUGGCCGCCAAGCUUUUUACUAUCUUGGAAAAGUGAGAGUUUUUGUUCAACUUGCUGCACCAAGUUGUACUCUAUUCCGAGUCUACAGUGUUAUCAUUUGCCAAACUUAUUUAACCAAUAUUUCACCUACAGUAGUUGAUCACACGUAUGAAAGCGUUCCCCAAAUAAAUUCGUGAUUAACUAAAUUAUCUGUUAAAUUAGUUUGAGGUAUACUUGAAUAGACUCGAAAACUGAAAUGUGCAACUUACGCUCCAAGCUGAACAACUCAUCUUCAUGUUUUUUUGUUCUUUCGAAUAAUCUAUAUUGUAUUAUUGCCGUGUGAGAAUUUGAUGGAGGAUUAUGUUGUCUGCUCUAGUAUUGUUUUUUUGUGGGUUUGAUAAAUUAGUGAAUGUAUUAGUUAAGUGACAAUUGAGAUAGUUUUUCGGUUUGUAUAUCUAUUUGGUCAUUAUCAAUAAAGUUGUGCUAUUAAAGAUUAUGGUUU